GCCGCUGGCGGAAGGAGCGGCGGCUCGCGCAUCUGUUGCCUGGGUGAAUCCAUUAACGCGUUAGCAUCCAGCUAGCGGCUACGUUUACGGGUCCCUGGCGUAUUAACGGACUUUACGUCGACAGUCACGGAUGUCAUCUCUCGUUUCGAGUCGACGGGGCUCGGGAUGAAUACUGACUAAACACCGGGUCCGGUCACAGGGCGAUCUAUUCCGUCGGGAGCAGGAGAUGCACCUGAGAGGUGCGGGAACGGCUUCAUGUGGGGCUAACUAGGAGCUAGCAGGCUAGCUUCAUGGAGCCACGGCGGUAGAAUGCGGUUGCCGCGAGACGUAGCUGCGCUGCUAGCUAACAUGGACGCUUUGUUUCACAUGAAUACCAUGGUUCUGCUGCGUCCCACAGCCUGCUAGAGGCCGACGUGACAAUGGAGUCUUUCCUGCAGAUAGCGCCCCACUCCUUGGCCAUCGUCCUGUCCAGGGUCGGGGCUGGGGAGGCGCUGGGGGCGGCCCGGGUGUCCGAGAGCGACGAGCUGCCCAGACACCACACCGGCUACGAGAUUUUCGCCGAUUUCAAAGCAGAAAACACGCAGCAGCACGUUUGGAACCAGCGGAUUACCGAGGCCGUGUCCGAGACCUUCUUCCUGGGAUGGAUAGACGAGCAUGUGCUUCUCAUCCAGGGGAAGGAGGACCACCUGGAGGUGCUGAGGGAGGGAUGGAUGCGGAGGUCCCUCAAUCCGCCGCGGGGAUUCACCAUCAAGUACCUGGGGGAUGUUUCACCCAUCAGUAUGUCCCCCAUCAGCCAAUCACAGUUCAUCCCUUUGGGUGAGGUUUUGCUGUUGGCUAUCUCUGCUAUGAACUCCACCCAUAAACCUGUCACCCAGGAGGCCCUGACUGAACACCUGCAGACAUGUUUUCCAGGUGUUCCCACGCCAACAGAGGAGGUUCUGCACCACACGCUGAGCAUGCUGGUCCGUGAGCGGAAGAUCUACCCAACGCCCGAUGGAUAUUUUAUCGUAACCCCUCAGACCUAUUUCAUCACUCCAAGUCUAAUCCGAACUAGUUCUAAGUGGUACCACUUAGAUGAGCGAUCUGCUGAGCGACACCAACAUCAAAACCAACAGCAGCAUCAGCAGACACAGUGCACCUCCCCUCUCUCUGGCACCAUUACCCCAUCUACCUCUGGAGCGGUGCGUGAUCGAGCACACCCAAAGUCCAGCCAGAACCACAGUGGAGGAGUCGGGGAUUCUUUUUACAACAGCAGUUACCGUGGAGAAGACCCCCCCAGCCACCAUACCACCCUGCAGCGCAGAUCACCGAAAGACCACCGGGAGGUGUACUCGUCACCACACUCCCCACAAACACCUCCUCAGCAGGCAGGAGGCAACACCGAAAAGAGCCGCAGCACCCUUGGGUUCCCAUUCAAGACGGACACGCUAACCAAGCACCGAGGAGGUGGGGUCGGGGGGGCCGGAGGAACUGGAGACAUAGAGAAACAAGGAGGAGGAAGUGGUGCAGGAAGUCGAAAGUUUGGAUUAAAGUUGUUUCGUCUCAGUUUUAAGAAGGACAAGGCCAAGCAGCUUGCCACCUUCUCUGCACAGUUCCCCCCAGAGGAAUGGCCGCUCCGUGACGAGGAGGUGCCCAGCCAGCUGCCACGUCACGUAGAGAUGGAGAUCAUCCGCAGAAUCAACCCUGACCUUACUGUGGAGAACCUCGCGCGGCACACAGCGGUCAUGAAGCGUCUUGAAGAAGAACGUGCUCAGAGGAGCAAAGCCUCAUCAGCCAAUCAGAGCUCCAGGAGUAGAAGAAGUGGAGGUAGGCAUAGAAAGCAAUCUCAGACCAAACUCAGCCGCUCACAUAGCAAGACCAGGGCAUCCCGAGGUGAGCCGAGUGACAGUUCCCACCUAGAGCUGGCUGAAAGAGACUACAGAGGCUACUCGUCCUCACUGGCUCGGUCACCGAGAGAGCAAGCCCUGGCGAUGGAGCGGCAACGGGCCCGCCUUCACCUGGCACACAGCAACCCCAACAUCCUUGAUUCCUCCCACCUGCCCGUCACACCAGAAUGGGAUGUAUCCGGAGAGCUUGCCAAGCGUCGCACAGAAAUGCCUUUCCCCGAGCCGAGCCAUGGCCCAUCAGCCCACCACUCAAAAGUCCACCGCUCACACUCCCACACCCAGGAGAGGAAAUCUCGGAACGAACGCAGCGACAAGGCCAAGGAACGUUCCAGAUCUAUGGACAACUCUAAAGGACCGCUUGGAGCUGGACUGAUUGGACCACCUGAUUACUAUGAUGACCGAAGCCGUUACUAUACUGACGACGGCACCCUGCGAGCUAAUCAGAGCUCCUCUCACUACUCUCGUGCCACCCCCCCCUCCACUAAGGUGCCUGGGGAUGCUCUUGGGUUGGACGGUGGCAGGAACUUAGAGAACAGUAAGAGCAGGGACAGCCUACCAGUGUACUCACCCAAACCACUGGCUGCCUCAAUCCCUCCUGAUGAUUACUUUCAGUGCUCUGGUUCCUCUGAGGCAAUUCUCACAGGAGCAAACCCGUUGGGAACUCUAGGCAAAAACAGCCACGAUGGAUUAAAACCAGGCAGCACUGACAGGCAAACGACUGACAGGCAAAUAGAUAGACAAACAUCCCAUCCACCAGAAAGUAAGGAGGACUUGCCAAAGGUGGGACCUAAGGGUGGUAGCCUGCCUCCAAUACCUCUUUCUGUCCCUGAGCCCCCCCUUUCUAAUGGACGACCUCCCCACAGUGCCUCCUCUGGUCAGGAGAAACGGAAGGAGAUCUUUAGUAAAGAUACACUGUUUAAACCUCCUCCUAGCCUUCCUUUGCCCGGCUAUAGUUCUUUGAGGAAACCCACAGCCCUUGCCUCCUCUACUUUGUCUUCAUCCUGUGACGCUCUGGAUUGCCAGGAGGCCUUUGAUGCUCCCAAGCCCCUAGUGGCAACAUCAUCUGCUCCCCCACAGGGAGUUGAAUCCACAUCCAGCGCUGCAGAAGCCUCCUUUGACUACUACAAUGUCUCGGAUGAUGACGAACUGGAGGAGGGGGGAGGUAAAAACAGAGGAGAGGACGAGAAGCCUGGAGGCAGUGUUUCUGGGAUGGGAGGAGGUGGAGCAGGGACCAUGCAGUGGCUGUUGGAGAGGGAGAAGGAAAGGGAUCUGCAGAGGAGGUUUGAAAGAACCCUCACCUUCCCUGGUGCUAAAGAGAACCUUUCCGAGCCCAGUCAGAACCAGCAAUCGGCACACUCUGCUAGACUGGACAGCAUGGACUCCAGCUCUGUCACUGUCGACAGUGGAUUCAACUCACCACGGUGAGGAAUACAGUAUGCGCUCUGCAUACGUACUCACACUGUUCUGCAGUGAUUGUGAAUAACUACAUCUCAAAAUAACCAAAGUCCAAAAUCACUUUUUCAUUCAGUAUUUGAGAAACAGUGAAUAGUAAGGGCUCUAUUUCAGUCACUGUGGCUUUGCAUUUAUCAAAUGCAGUGUAUCAGGA